UCGUCUUAAAUAGCUUCAAACCCUCGUAUAAUACGGUCGAUCAAAUAAACAUUUUAUCAAAAUGAAAUCUAUUAUGUUUUUGUGUAUUUUGACAUUUGUCGGAUUAUCAUUGGCGGAGACCUCCUUGUAUCCACGAGGGUGUAUUUAUGUGAUGGGAAGAUGUCAAAGAGAGUGUGAGGUCGGUACUCAUGCGUAUACCACCGGAUGUGGUUUUUUGACCCCCGAAGCAACUUGUGAUAAUCCAGCCCCUGUAGCAAAUAAAAACGGUAAAAUCUGUGAUUAUUCAGCUUGCUAUUGCGACCCUCCCACCGUCAGAGACACCAUCAGCGGCAAAUGUGUGCAGAAGGAAGAUUGCCCUAAGUGAAAAUGUAGAUUGACUGAUUUUUGUAUUAUUGAGCUUAAAUAAAACAGUAACGACUA